UUUUAGAAAAUAAAAAACUAAGAACACCCAAAUUUGAGAUCUUAAGAUCACAGAACCUUUGAAUUUUACGGUUUGGUUUUUUGGUUAUCCUAAAGAGAUGGUACAAAUCUAAGGCAGAGUAAAACGCAGAACGCAAUCACAUAAUUAUUUUUCUAACUGCAAUACGCAAUCACACAAAACAGCGGCACUUCGUCAAAUUCCAGUAACAAUGGAGGAGAAAGACAAAAACAAAGUAAGCAGUGAGGAGAGAUGGAAAGGAGCCAUAGCCAAUCUAACGGAGAUGGCUUCCAAUUUGGACUCUCUCCAGAAACUAUUACUCAAGAAAGCUGUCUUUGUUGAUGAAGAGACCUUCGCUAAAGCUUCCCUAAGCUCUGAACAAGCCCGUACAAUCAAGGUUCUUGAACAAAGGGUAGAGACUUUGGAAAGAGAACUUGAUGCUGCCAUUUCUGCUGCUGCUCGUGCUCGUGCAGAAAAGAGACAGGCUGAGGCAGCACAAAAAGCUGCAGAACUACGUGCACAAGAAAUUACAAGAGAACUUGAGAACACCACGAAGGUAUUUGAACUGCACAUGGAGGAGCUGCGUGCAAAGCAAGAGGAAAUAUCUAAGCGUGAUAAUGAAAUUAAGCUUUUGGAAGCUAUAAUUCAGACACUUGGUGGGAAAGAAUCACAUUCUUCAAUUGCGGUGUGGGAUUGAAUUCUCAAGAAUCAAAACAUGGUAAAGUUUGAAAAGAAAAAAGAACAAAAAAGGAUAGUUGUGAAGUGCUGCAACAUGUAUGACUCUGUAGAGCUUAAAGUGUACUCGAUGACUUCCAAAACAGGCCUUAUAUGAAGUUUUGGUCAUAAUUUAAUUUUCUGUGGGACUUUGUUAA